AUGCGAUUCAACGCCCUUAUCCGCACACACCAUAUCACAUCACGCAAGAAGGUCGGGGCACUCAAGCGCGCUGCCGAUACACAUAGCUGUUGGGUCCUGCUUCGCUCCGGCGGCUGUCCGGGCAUCAUGUACGUUGAAGGUUCAACGCAAGACGAUGUGGGCAGCUGGGUGGACGUCGUGCGUCGCUUGCGGUAUAAGGAUUUCCAGCUCGUUGCGCGACCAGGUCCCUUCGUGAAGGAAAGUAAGAAUGAUGCUUCUCGGGAUACAGCAGACCGCCCGGGGCUGAGUGAGGUGGAUUCGGUCAAGGAGUUUGGGAAUAUUAUGGAGCAGAAAGGGAUUUGGGGUUGGUGGAGGAAAGGUAUGGGAUACGCGGGGGAAUAA